UUGCACACUUUACUCAAGCCAGUCUACAGAGCUGAGCCAGAGAAUAUUUUAAGAAACUUGCCAAUUAAAACAACACAAGUGUGUAACAUGAAGACCUUCACGUUUACAGUUGCAGUCAUUUAUAUGCUCGCCUUUAUUUUGAUAAAGAACAGCUUUGCCUGGCCAUCGACUCAAAAGCAGAAUGUGCCAGAAGUGAGAGAUGGGGAUGUUUUCGAGGCCUUUCAAAUGCAAUCAGAACAAGAAAAGAUGAGCGAUUUUGUCAGGGACAGACACAAAAGAGAUGAGCGAGAUUGUCGCUUGUGCUGUAACUGUUGUAGAAUGGGGCCUACAUGGUGUGGUCUCUGCUGCGAGUGGUGAUUCCAGGAAUCUCUACAUACGUCUGUGCAGUCAUCAAUAUGUAUUGUCACAAUUAACCUUGGUAUACAGUAGAAUUUUUUUUUUUAGAUGUUUAUACUCAUGUCCAUGAAGGUGUAACAAAACUCACACACAGAUAUACUGUAUAUUUUGUGUUAAACAUCACACACACUGUGGACAAUCAGACACAAGUAGGCAACCCUUGAAGUAGGGGUGUAGGGACAAAUGGCAACAAAAAGACUCCAAGACCUGAGUUUUUAUCAAUAAAUGAUUCAUCAAAACA